AUGGCGUUGCUCUUGGGGCUCAACCAGAAGGAGGACGAGCCCCUUUCUCACUUUGUGAACCGGUUUACGACGCAAAUCCGUGGAUUAUCGGAUGCUCACCCCUCUCUCUUGAUGCAGGCCUUCAUGACCGGCCUGCGGCCCUCCAGGUUCUUCUGGUCCCUCGUGGAAAGGCCCCCCGUCGCGGUCCCUGAGAUGCUCCAACGGGCCAGCCAGUUCAUCGCCGCAGAAACCUGGAUGGUCGGAAGGCGAGAAGAGCACAGAAAGGUCAAGUCGGAGCCGCCCCGACACCAGCAACCCACCACCUCCCGGCGAAAGUUGGACAGGCCUGACCCAAGGCCUCCUCUUCCCGCCUUGAACUCUUCCCGGACGGAGAUAUUCCUACACGAAAGGGGGAAGGGGUUGCUCAGGGACCCCCACCCGAUGAAGAACCCGCGAGAGCUCGCAGACCGCUCAAAGUACUACCGAUUUCAUCGACAGCACGGGCACGACACGGAGCAGUGUUACGAGCUAAAAAGACAAAUCGAGGAGCUCAUCCUCAGAGGCCAUCUCGGCCAGUACCUCCGGCCGAGCAAAGAGCUGUCUCCUCGUCCGGAGGGCCCGGUUGAGCGACACAUCGAUGUCAUAGCCGGGGGCCCUGCAUCCGGAGGAAGUUCUAUGUCGGGCAGGAAGGCCUAUGCCCGGACCGCCCCCGACGAAGCCUCGGGGCAUGAGCAUGAACCCGAGAUCACCUUCCCAAUCGGAGCCGCCGAGCGACCCCACCAUGACGACGCCCUGGUGAUAUCGGCCAGGGUAGCCAACGCGCAAGUGAGAAGAAUCAUGGUCGACACGGGGAGCUCGGCUGACAUACUCUACUUUGGCGCCCUCCAGAAGCUGGGCCUAGCCAGGGAAAAUUUAAGCCCAAUGUGCUCGGCGCUCACCGGCUUCACGGGAGAUUCGAUAUCACCUCUGGGAGCCAUUACCCUACCUCUAACUCUGGGGACCCUGCUGAAAUCAAAGACUGUCAUGACCACUUUUCUAGUGGUCGACCUUCCCACCGCUUAUAACGCCAUACUUGGUCGGCCGACCCUCAACAAGGUCAGAGCCGUCGUCUCGACCUACUACCGGACCGUCAAAUUCGCGACACGGGAGGGAGUCGGGGAAGUCACCGGAAGCCCCCAAGAGUCCAGGCGCUGCUACCUUACCUCCGUCUCAUUGGGCAAAAGGACCAGGGGAGAGGUGCCUCUAGAAGAUCCCCGGGAGGCAAAAAAGCCGGCCCCUCACCCUGAGCCGAGGGGGUCCACUGUUGACGUCCCCUUACGGGAAGCACGGCCGGAUCAGACGGUCAAGGUCGGAUCAGAGCUGCUCGAGCAGGAACGGGAACAGCUCGUCGGUCUUCUGCGGGAAAAUGCCGACAUCUUCGCCUGGUCUCCAUCGGACAUGAAGGGAGUCGACCCCAAGGUCGCGGAGCAUCAUCUCAAUAUCCCACCUGACGCCCGUCCGGUAAAGCAAAAGCCCCGGCGCCACGCACCUGAUCGGCAACAUGCCAUACAAGAAGAGGUGGACCGACUCUUGGCGGCUGGCUUCAUAGAAGAGGCCAAGUAUCCUCAGUGGUUGUCCAAUGUAGUUCUCGUGAAAAAACACAAUGGAAGCUGGAGGAUGUGCGUUGACUACACCAGUCUCAACGGUGCGUGUCCUAAAGACUGCUACCCCCUCCCGAAGAUCGACCAGCUGGUCGACGCGACAGCAGGGCACGCACGCCUCUCUUUCAUGGACGCCUAUUCAGGAUACAAUCAGAUCAGGAUGGCGCCCGAAGAUAGGGAACGCACGACCUUCCUCACCGAUCAAGGGAUAUACUUCUACAAGGUCAUGCCGUUUGGGUUGAAAAACGCCGGAGCCACAUACCAGAGGACGGUAAACAAGAUGUUUGCCCCCCAAAUCGGGAGGAACAUGGAAAUCUAUGUGGAUGACAUGAUUGUGAAAAGCAGAAAGGCCAGAACACACCUUGCCGACCUAGCCGAGACCUUCGCCACGCUACGCAAAUUCAGCAUGCGGCUCAACCCCACGAAGUGCGCUUUCGGCGUCACCUCCGGGAAGUUCCUAUGGUUCAUUCGACUCAACGGUAGACUUGUCGCCCUGUCUCGCUUCCUCGCCCGAUCGGGCGAUCGCUGCCUCCCUUUCUUCAAGGCGCUCAAAGACCCGAAGAAUUUCCAAUGGACAUCAGAAUGCGAGGAGGUUUUCAAACAGAUGAAGCAGCACUUGGCCAGCCUCCCUCGACUCGCCUCCGUCAUUCCCGGCGAGAAGCUGGGACUCUAUCUGGCGGCCUCCCCGCACGCAGUUAGCUCCGUCCUCGUCAAGGAAAGCUCCGGCGCACAACUCCCGAUCUACUACGUCAGCCACGUCCUGAAAGAACCUGAGGAGCGUUACACGCCGAUAGAAAAACUCGCACUCGCCCUGAUGCUCUCGGCUCGGAAGUUGCGCCCCUACUUCCAAGCGCACUCGGUGGAAGUCGUCACCGACCAGCCCCUUCGGCAGUUCUUAACAAAGUUCGAUGUUGCAGGUCGGCUCCUCAAAUGGGCGGUGGAGCUCGGAGAACAUGAUAUCAGCUACGUGCCCAGAACCGCCAUCAAGGCCCAGGCGGUAGCCGACUUCAUCGUGGAAUUGACUCGGAUGGACAAAGACCUCGAGCGAACUCCUGAGGCUUGGACCCUACACGUGGACGGCUCGGCCAGCUCAAAGGGUGCCGGAGCUGGGCUGGUCCUUCUCGCUCCCGACGGACGUUCAUUCGAACGCUCCCUCCGCUUCGAGUUUAAAGCCACCAACAACGAGGCGGAGUACGAAGCGCUCCUAGCCGGAUUAAGGCUGGCCCUCGAGAUGCAGGUAGCCGCAAUACAUGUCCUCACUAACUCGCAACUCGUGGCCAAACAGCUCAGCGGUGGAUACGAAGCUCGUGACGCGACCAUGGCCAAAUAUCUGACGCGGGUAAGGGAUCUAACCGCGAAAUUCCCUUACUUCACAUUAUCUAAUGUUCCGAGGGAGGAAAACGGACGAGCCGACGCGCUCGCUAAGCUGGCGUCAAGACGAACCCCCGAAGCAUGGCCGGAGAUAGAGGAGCUUCCCGCUCGCGCCAUUGAGGUAGCACCCACGACCCCGGGCGGCGCGCCGACCACGUGGGUGCAAGAGCUGCUGAGCUUCAAGCGAGAUGGAACCCUCCCCCUCGACGAAGUCGCAGCUCGGCGUCUGCGCCGCACACACGCGUGGUAUACCGAGGAAAGUAGCCGGCUUUACAGACGAUCCUUCACCUACCCCCUUCUGAGGUGUUUGGAGCCUGAUGAAGCCCAGACCGUCCUAGCUGAAACUCACGAGGGGAUCUGCGGCGAACACAUUAGCGGGCGGACCCUAGCGCACAAGAUACUACGCCAAGGCUACUACUGGCCAACCAUGUGUCGAGAUGCAAAAGCCUACGUACAGCGGUGCAGCUGGUGCCAGCAACACGCCCGCACGCCCCGACAGCCUGCGGUCCCCCUCAGUCCCAUCGACUGCGCAUGGCCGUUCGCCCAGUGGGGACUGGACCUCCUUGGCCCCUUUCCAUCGGCCUCUGGGCAGCGGAAGUAUAUAAUCGUGGGAGUGGACUACUUCACAAAGUGGGUCGAGGCUGAGCCACUGGCCACGACGACGGAACACCAAAUGGAGAAAUUCGUUUGGAAAAACCUUGUGACCCGGUUCGGGUUGCCCAGAGCCAUUGUCACCGACAACGGACCUCAGUUCGUCGGCACGAGGUUCCGAGAAUUCUGCGCCGGUCAUGGCAUUCAACUGAGGUUCAGUUCGGUGGCCCACCCUCAGACGAACGGGUUGGCCGAGGUAUGUCCACAUCCAAAUCCUCAGGAUGCGAGACAAACGGAUCCGCCUCCACUUCCAGCCCGGGAUGGCUCGUCUGGAACCGGCCAAGGGCGAUUCGGUACCCAUACUCGUAGGUAA